UAUUUCAUAUACAUAUUUCACUAAUUCAUUUAUAGUCUUAAAUUAUUUAAAGCGUUAUUAAUUUAUCAUAUUGUUUUGUGAAGACUGCGAGUGGAAUAAAGACGGACAGAUAUUCCCCCGGCCUCUGACGUCCUCGUCACCCUGCGAACAUCGAUCGCAACGCCUCUAGUGGCUACUGAAGAAAUAAAAAGUGACACACAAAAUGAUCCAUCUCCACCUAUGAGUUUCCAGACCUGUAUAUAAGACCGUGAUCGUGAUGGUCAGUAAAGACGAUAACGAACGUCCUCGAGGAAGAUUAACGCGCCAGCCAUGGACGAGGGUCUGGAGGACGAUCUACUGGACGACGGGGACGGCAUCGGCGAGCUGACGGCGCAGACGGUCCUCCUGAAGAUCGAGAAUGCCUGGAUGAACGAGCGAUUCGCGCCGGAGAUCCUGCCGCACCAGUCCGACCUCGUGGAUUGCAUGCUGCAGCAGAUCGCGCACAUGGAGGGGAACGUGAAGAGGUUAGAGCGGGGCGACCUGCGGGCGCUGGUGCACCGGAUGGAGCUCGACCGCAUCCGAUACGUGAUCAGCAGCUACCUGCGCACGCGACUCGAGAAGAUCGAGCGUUACACCGUCCAUAUCCUGUCGGAGGAGGCGAAUCGCGGUCCGGACGAGGGGUACCUGACGCCGAACGAGCUGCGCUUCGCCAAGGAGUACCUCGCCAACCUGGAGACGCUCUUCAAGACGGUCGCGCUGCAGCAUAUGCCGCCCAACUUCCAGCGCUUCGAGGUCAACAAGUUCGCGAUCAAGCCCAACAUGCAGGCGCAUGUGUUCCUGCGUGCCAAUGACAGAGUUUCUGGGAUAGUCCUGCCUGGCACGCUCAACGAGGAGAUAGACUUCGAGGAGGGCUCACAGCACAUUAUCCAGUACAGCGCAGUCGCGCAUCUAGUUAAGUCCGGUAAGGUGCAGUUGAUAUGAUGGAUUUGUUUCCUUCUUGACUGAACUUUCCCUGCUCUACUAGCACCAGUUGCUAAGUGACUGCUUGAAAAUCAAUCUUAUUUUAUACAUUUUCUAAAUUAGUCUAGAAUAGUCAAAAUUAUUUGCUUAUAAGUAUUAUUUAAAUAUUAGAAUUAUUUUUAAAAAUCAUUUAUAACAUCUUGAUUGCUUCGAUCCAUGUCUAAAUAAAGAAUGCAUCAGAACGGUUCAGCUGAAAGGAAUAAAUUUGGUAUAUCACUGUUAGAUAAAAGGCACAUAAAAGGGAUAUAAAGAGGAAGAAAGGAGAUUGUGAUUCGCCUUUAUCUUCCUUGCCAAGAGGUAUACGUGUGUAUAUUUUUUAUUUUUAUAUAAUACAUUUCGAGAAUCGUUAAAAAC